AUGCUUGACCGUGUUGAUGUUUUGGUCUGUGGAGGAGGACCAACUGGUCUUCUUACCGGCCUGGGACUUGCGCGCCAGGGAAUCUCAACAGUUGUAAUUGAAAAAUGUAAGAAGUCGGAGCAGGCAAGGUUCGGCCGAGCCAGCUUGUUGUACCCACGAACACUGGAGUUGCUUGACCAAGUGGAUGUCUGGGAGUCUAUGGCCGAGAUUGCUCACAUUUCUCGCGGUUACGUCAACUACAAUGGAGGAAAGAGAGUGAUCUCAGGUACCUAUCAUUCGAUCUUCAACCAAUUGCACGGAACCUACUUCGAUUAUGUUGUGAACAUUCGACAAAAGUACUCAGAGCAGAUCUUUCGCAAGGCAUUCGAAGGAUACGGGGGAACCUUUUAUGAGCAAUAUGAGCUGCUUUCAAUUGUCCAGGACAACAAUGCUGCCGAUGACUAUGCGUUGACCGUACGAGUGAAAAACAAUGUCACUGGAGAAGAACAUCAAGUUAAAUGCAAGUACCUCGUCGGUGCUGAUGGAAAGAAUUCCGCUGUUCGUCAGCUUGUUGAAAUUCCAUUCACAGGUGACAACACCGGGAUCAAAUGGUUCCGAAUGGAUGCUGUUGUGAAGACCGAUAUGCCGGAUGCCCGUGUCGGCAUGGCAUCUAUCGAAUCUCCUGUGUAUGGCCACGUCUUGUGGAUGUGCCAGGACCAUGGCCGAACUCGUAUCGGCUUCUCUCUGCCACCCAAGCUUGCCGAUAGAUUCGGUUCUGAAAUUACCGAAGCCGAAGUCCGACAAGCAGCCAAAGAGGCAGUGGCACCAUUUAGUCUUGAGUUCGAGACAGUCGACUGGUGGACAUUGUACAGUGUCGGACAAAGAGUGGCCGAUACCUUCAGAAACAAGAGGGUCUUCCUAGCGGGAGAUGCAUGCCACUCUCAUUCUUCCGGCGCUGGCCAAGGUAUGAAUGCAGGCGCUCAAGACGCCUUGAACCUUUCUUGGAAAUUGGGUGGAUUCCUGAAAGGCUGGUAUGAUGAAUCAGUCUUGGAUACAUAUGAGCAGGAGAGAAGACCUGAAGCUCAGCGCAUCAUUGACCAGGACAAGACUCUCUCUGCAUUGAUCACAGGAAAGAUUCCCGAGGGAGUGGGCAGACCCGGUGCUAAUUCAUUUGAGAUUCUCGGAGAAUUCAUCGCUUCCACAAUGCGAUACACCCUAGGUCUUGAUGUCCACUACGAGACAAAUAUUCUCAACCAAAAGGCGAACAUCGGCCUUACUUCAGCAGGAUGGCCGGGCCGUGAUGUCCUCCUGCGACGCCCAGGAUCUAGAAUCCCGGUUCGUUUGCAACAAGUUACUAAGAACGUUGGAAGAUUCCAUGUUCUCGUAUUUACUGGAAAUCCGGCAUUGACGGGCGACAGCUUGCGCAGCUUGCGAUCAUACAUGGACAGCGAGGAGUCAUUCACUCGCGAUCUUCCUGAUAUCUUCGACUACCUCACCAUUAUUCCAGGCGACUCCCCACAGUCCGAUCAUUAUCUCGGAGUUGCUCGUUGGGGAAAAGCUUUCUAUGACUGCGACCAGUCCGCCGCCUGCACAUAUGGUUUUUCGGCAGCUCUAGGCGGUGUUGUGGUUCUCAGACCCGAUGGCAUUCUUGGAUACUCGGGUGAACUAGGCGAGGGCAAGGCCCUGGGUGAGUAUUUCCGCAAGUUUAUCAAGGCUAUUGUGGCCAGCCCUCAAAAGCCUGACGCUCCUAUCGUUGCUGAGACUGAAGCAAAGCCGACCGGUGAAGUCGAGUUCGACGGGGAGGCUGCAGCCUCUAAGCUAGUUGUGAAUGGAGUCAAUGGAGUUCACUCCGAGACUGAGACUCCAAUUGUGAAUGGAGCGCACUCUGAAGCUGAGGCUCCAGUUGUGAAGGGAGUGCACUCCGAGACUGAGACUCCAGUUGCGAAUGGAGGUCACUCCGAGACUGAGACUCCAGUUGCGAAUGGAGGUCACUCCGAGACUGAGACCCCAAUUGUGAAGGGAGCGCACCCCGACAUUCAGACUCCAAUUUUGAAUGAAGUUCACUCUGACAUUCAGACUUCAAUCCCUAUAAGGGAGGCCCCUGCGCCUAUUGCAGCGUGA